GGGAGGCGUCCAGGCUCGGUGCAUGUCCUGGGCUACCAGCCAAAAGAACAUGAUGUUCCCAAGUUCUCUGGCCGCCGCCCUCUCGGGCUGGCCGCCUCCCAAACCGCUGCCUCUCCAGCCUCCCUGCCCCACAUUCCCUGGCUGCCUCGCCCCGCCCCCUUCCUCCGCUUGACGUCACCGCUGCCUCCCGCCCCCUCUCCUCCAUUGACGGCAGCAGGGUCUGGUUACUGUGGGGACCGUGAGGCAGGAUCCUGAUUAGGGCCUUGAGAGCUGCUGGAGCGCUGGACCCUUUUGUCUACGCAAAAGGAAAAUAUGGAGGUGGAGGUGGAGGUGGAGAGCAAGGAUCGCCUGUGCCGGGGGAGAUCACAUCUAGAGCCCUAAGGAGUGCUGAGGAAGAAGAAAAAGGAUGUUUCCAGAGAAGAGGUGUCUGAAAAGGAGACAAGGGACUGGGCCACAAUAUAUGAGUUGGGGGGGGCAUUUUCAAGGAGAGAAGACUGAGAAUCCAGGCUCCUCAAUCCUUUAUUUCCUGUGUUUUCUUGCUUCGGUUUUUCUGGGUUAUUCUGUAAGCUUUUCUACAGAGCCCUGACCCUGCCCACCCCCUCACCCCCCCAUGGGGAACACAAUUGUUAAGGAAAGCUUAGGCCACGUAACAGGCGUGUGCACCCACGCUGAUUACGUCAGCAUCAGCCUCUUCACUUGCCACCCACGUUUCCAGGGAGCCCUGAGAGGAACUACACAUCAGUCUUGGAUGGAGGGGGUCUGUGUAACUGAAGCUCUUCGCGGCCCAAGCUGGCACUUUAUUCCCCCAAAUUUAGGACUCAGUGUUCUGCUUCUUGCCUCUUAAAAAAAAAAAAUUAUAAUUUCCAGCUCCUUCUCUAUUACUGAGGCCCUCCCCCUCCCCUAGCUCUAGUUACAAAGUCACCAUGUUUAUGAUCACCUACUGCGUGUCAGGUUCUCUCCUGGGGGCUGCGGAAUACAGUUAAGGAGACAGGUGAUGAGGUCCUUGGCUUUCUCUUCUCCUUGCGGUGGGGACCUGAAGCCCUUGCCACCCCACCUUUGUCUAAGGUCUCUUCUCUCAGCCACCGCUUUGUUCCCCUGCAGCCCUGGCUGCCUGGCCCCUACUUUUGGUGCAGCCGUAACUGUGGGUGGCUGCAUCCUCAGGAGAGAAGCGCUAGUCACCACGUAGGUUGCCCGGUGACCUUUUCUCUGAUUGGCCAUGGAAACACCUGCCAUUGUUUCCCUUCACAGCUCCUGUUGGCUCUGGCUGCCCCUUCUAUUGUUUGCAUCCUUCCCCCCACUCCACCCCCUCCUCAGAUGUGGACCCUCGAUUACCCUCCUCCUAGCUGUCCACAGGAUUUGAAGUGUCAGAGGAAGGGAUUGGGUAAAAUGGCUCUAUUGUGAUGACAAGCUGGGGAGGGGAACCUAGGAAAGGCCAAGCUGGGUUUUCUGUCCAUCUCCUCCCAGGGACCAGCUGUCUCAUCCAGCUUGGCCCACCUCCUAAGGUCUGCAUUCUUUCUGCCCACCCCUGGCAAGGCCAGGGUGUCCUGUUGUGCAAGGCUGGUCGGUUCAGGAAGUAGAGUUAUCUUAAAUACCUACUGUGGCCCUGGUAUGUUCUCUGAAGAGGGACAGCUUACCUCCCCUCCCUUCCCCUCCCCUCCCUUCCAUUAUUUACUGUACAAGGCGUCCCGCGCCCAUUGGCUGGGCUGUGGUGUCUGGGGCCCUUCAGCCCAGCGCCAGCACCCAGAUCCACGUGCGCCCGUGUGUGUGACACAGCCCUGACCUCAGUGGGGGCCAGUAGCCAAUCAGGCGCCGGGACGAGAUCCCCAGCCAAUUGGGGGCGGGGCCUGUGGCUCCGCCGGCAGGAGGCCAAUGAGGGGCAGCGCCUGGCGUUAUGCAACCCGCCUCCUGGCCCCGCGGAGCUUGCACUCAGCUGCGGGCUGCAACGGCGGCGGGCAGGCGACCGGAGGGCGCUCGCGCGGCCAGGCGCUGGCUGUGAUCAAACUUCUCAGCUCUCUGAGGCUUGAGUCUCCCACCUCGCUCCCCUGGCCAGGCCUCCCGGCCCCCUCGUGCCUCUCUGGUGGCCUCUCCGCCUUCCCUGUUCUCCUGCGCUCCCCAUGGCCCAGACAUGAGCGGCCCCCUCGAAGGGGCUGAUGGGGGAGGGGACCCCAGGCCGGGGGAAUCCUUUUGUCCUGGAGGGGCUCCAUCCCCUGGGCCUCCACAGCAUCGACCUUGUCCUGGCGCCAGCCUGGCUGACGACACGGAUGCCAACAGCAAUGGCUCCAGCGGCAAUGAGUCCAAUGGACCGGAGUCCAGGGGUGCAUCUCAGCGGAGCUCACAUAGCUCCUCCUCCGGCAAUGGCAAGGACUCGGCCCUGCUGGACACCACUGAAAGCAGCAAGAGCACAAACUCUCAGAGCCCAUCCCCACCCAGCAGUUCCAUUGCCUACAGCCUCCUGAGUGCCAGCUCAGAGCAGGACAACCCAUCUACCAGUGGCUGCAGCAGUGAACAGUCAGCUCGGGCAAGGACCCAGAAAGAACUCAUGACGGCGCUGCGGGAGCUCAAGCUUCGGCUGCCACCAGAGCGCAGGGGCAAGGGCCGCUCUGGGACCCUGGCCACGCUGCAGUACGCACUGGCCUGUGUCAAGCAGGUGCAAGCCAACCAGGAAUACUACCAGCAGUGGAGCCUGGAGGAGGGCGAGCCUUGUGCCAUGGACAUGUCCACCUACACUCUGGAGGAACUGGAGCACAUCACAUCUGAGUACACGCUUCGCAACCAGGAUACUUUCUCCGUGGCUGUCUCCUUCCUGACAGGCCGCAUCGUCUACAUUUCUGAGCAGGCAGGUAUCCUGCUGCGCUGCAAGCAGGAUGUGUUCCGCGGUGCCCGCUUCUCAGAGCUCCUGGCUCCCCAGGAUGUGGGCGUCUUCUAUGGUUCCACUGCCCCAUCUCGCCUGCCCACCUGGGGCACGGGGGCCUCGGCAGGUUCAGGCCUCAAGGACUUCACCCAGGAGAAGUCUGUCUUCUGCCGUAUCAGAGGGGGUCCUGACCGAGAUCCCGGGCCUCGGUACCAGCCAUUCCGCCUAACCCCAUAUGUGACCAAGAUCCGGGUCUCUGAUGGGGCCCCUGCACAGCCGUGCUGCCUGCUGAUCGCAGAGCGCAUUCACUCUGGUUAUGAAGCUCCCCGGAUUCCCCCCGACAAGAGGAUCUUCACUACGAGGCACACGCCCAGCUGCCUCUUCCAGGAUGUGGAUGAAAGGGCCGCCCCGUUGCUGGGCUACCUCCCCCAGGACCUCCUGGGGGCCCCAGUGCUCCUUUUCCUGCAUCCCGAGGACCGACCCCUCAUGCUGGCCAUCCACAAAAAGAUCCUGCAGCUGGCUGGCCAGCCCUUUGACCACUCCCCUAUCCGCUUCUGCGCCCGGAAUGGGGAGUACGUCACCAUGGACACCAGCUGGGCUGGCUUCGUGCACCCCUGGAGCCGCAAGGUGGCCUUUGUGUUGGGCCGCCACAAAGUACGCACGGCGCCCCUGAAUGAAGACGUGUUCACUCCCCCAGUCCCCAGUCCCGCUCUCUCCCUGGACCCUGAUAUCCAGGAGCUCUCUGAGCAGAUCCACCGGCUGCUGUUACAGCCUGUGCACAGCCCCAGCCCUACCGGGUUCUGUGGAGUCGGCCAGGUGACUUCCCCAGGCCCUCUCCUCAGCCCUGGCUCCUCCAGUGCCAGCAACGGGGGUGACGCCGAGGGACCUGGGCCUCCUGCACCGGUGACCUUCCAGCAGAUCUGUAAGGACGUGCACCUGGUGAAGCAUCAGGGGCAGCAGCUUUUUAUUGAGUCCCGGGCCCGGCCUCUGCCCCGGCCCCGUGUCCCUGCUGCAGGCACAUUCAAGGCCAAGACCCUUCCCUGCCAAUCUGCAGACCCAGAGCUGGAGGUGGCACCUGCUCUGACCCAGGCCCCACUAGCCUCGGCUCCUGAGGAGGCUGAGCGGAAAGAAGCCUCCAGUUGCUCCUACCAGCAGAUCAACUGCCUGGACAGCAUCCUCAGGUACCUGGAGAGCUGCAACCUCCCCAGCACGACCAAGCGCAAGUGCACCUCCUCCUCGUCCUGCACCGCCUCUUCGGCCUCCGACGAGGACAGGCAGCGGGCGGGAGCGGUCUCUGUGGGGGCCGAGAAAGAUCCAUCGGCAGUGCUGUCUGGGGAGGGGGCCGCCCCUCUGAAGGAGCCGGUGGUGGGAGGAGGCGCCCUGAGCCCGCUCGCCCUGGCCAAUAAGGCGGAGAGCGUGGUGUCCGUCACCAGUCAGUGUAGCUUCAGCUCCACCAUCGUCCAUGUGGGAGACAAGAAGCCCCCGGAAUCGGACAUCAUCAUGAUGGAGGACCUGCCUGGCUUGCCUCUUGGCCCAGCUCCCAGCCCAGCCCCCAGCCCCACAGUGGCCCCUGACCCAGCCGCAGGUGCCUACCGGCCAGUGGGCCUGACCAAGGCUGUGCUGUCCCUGCACACCCAGAAGGAGGAGCAGGCCUUCCUCAGCCGUUUCCGUGACCAUGGCAGGCUGCGUGGACUUGACGGCUCCUCCACGGCCCCCUCGGGCCCCGGCUGCCGCCACGGCCCCGCAGCCCCCGGCCGCCGCCACCACUGCCGAUCCAAAGCCAAGCGCUCCCGCCAGCACCCGACCCCUCAGGCCGAAGCCCCCUGCCCCGUCUCCCACCCGUCACCUGUGCCAUCCUCUGCCCCCUGGCCCCCACCACCAGCCACGCCGCCCUUCCCGGCUGUGGUCCAGCCCUGCCCCCUCCCCGCGUUCUCCCCCAGAGGAGGCCCCCAGCUUCUCCCUCCUGCACCCACAUCUGUGUCUCCUGCAGCUUUCCCUGCCCCACUGGUGACCCCAGUGGUGGCCUUGGUGCUCCCUAACUAUCUCUUCCCUGCCCCACCCACCUACCCCUGUGGGGCACCCCAGGCCCCCGCUUCCCACUCCCCUUCUCCGUCCCUGCCCCUGCCGCCCCCCAGCCCUCCCCGCCGCCCCGACUCUCUGCUCUUCAACUCGAGAUGCAGCUCCCCGCUCCAGCUAAACCUGCUGCAGCUUGAGGAGCCCCCCCGUGUCGAGGGGAGUAGUGCUGGGCACCCCCCUCCCAGCGAGGAGACUGCCGACCCAGCGGCCAGACCGGUGGAGAUAACUGAGUCCUCCAACCAGGACGCGCUCUCGGGCUCCAGCGACCUGCUGGAGUUGCUGCUGCAGGAGGACUCGCGCUCUGGCACGGGCUCUGCUGCCUCGGGCUCCUCGGGCUCUGGCUUGGGCUCUGCGUCUGGCUCAGGCUCCCAUGAGGGGAGCAGCACCUCAGCCAGCAUCACGCGCAGCAGUCAGAGCAGCCACACGAGCAAGUACUUCGGCAGCGUCGAUUCUUCCGAGGCGGAGGCUGGGGCUGCCCGUGCCAGGGCUGAGCCCGGGGACCAGGUCAUUAAGUACGUGCUCCAGGAUCCCAUCUGGCUGCUCAUGGCCAAUGCUGACCAGCAUGUCAUGAUGACCUAUCAGGUGCCCUCCAGGGACAUGGCCUCUGUGCUGAAGCAGGACCGGGAGCGGCUCCGGGCUAUGCAGAAGCAGCAGCCUCGGUUCUCAGAGGACCAGCGGAGGGAACUGGGUGCUGUGCACUCCUGGGUCCGGAAGGGUCAACUGCCUCGGGCCCUUGAUGUGAUGGCCUGUGUGGAUUGCGGUAGCAGCACCCAAGACCCUGGCCACCCUGAUGACCCACUCUUCUCGGAAAUGGAUGGACUGGGGCUGGAGCCCAUGGAGGAGGGUGGGGGCGAGGCGGGUGGCGGUGGUGGUGAGGGCGAGGGCGGUGGUGAGGCCCAGGCCCAAGCUGGGGCCGCGGUCUCAAGCUCUCAGGACCUGGCCAUGGAGGAGGAGGAACAAGGUGGGAGCUCCACCAGUCCAGCCUUACCUGCCGCAGGAAAUGGCACCAGCUAGACUACAUUUGGGGCCACCUCCGGGAAUGCAUGAGAAGCUUCCUUCUCCCAUGUCCCAACUCGCAGAACUCAGACGUGGCUGGACCAACCAAUAGAAAACUGUCCCGGCUUCUCCCGCUGUAGGGGGUGUGGGACCUCCCCCCGUCAGCAGCCCAGGAUCCAGGGGCUGCCUCUGGCCUCUUAGAGAACAGAGGGUGGCACUCUUUAGCCCAGCCCAGAGAAGCCGCACCUCCCAUCCCUGCUGAGGAGUCGUUCCUUCUUCUGGACAAGGUUGCUGACAAGCUGCUGAAGUGGUUCUCCAAGCCCCAGCUGAGCCGGAGUCCCUGUCCCUGUGGCUUGGGGCUGCGUUUAUUUAUUUGGAGAGCCAGCCCUCUGAGGCCCAAGCAGGACCCAGUGGUCCAGACCCCUAGCUGCUCCGGGGUGGGGGAGGUUGGUGGACCGUGGAGUCCCUGGUGCUGCCCCUCAGGUGGGACCCAGGUGUUCUCAGCUGUACCCUCUACCGCUGACAUUUGUGUUUUUGAUAUCGUGUCUGUUAUUUUUUAAUAUAAAAAGAAAAAAUACCA